CACUCAUACGGCCACAAGGCCCAUACGGACACAUCCAUCCAUGCUUCACGGCUACUAGUGCCAAGAGCACUCACGCACACACUUGUGCUCACACACACACAUGAAGCUAGCAGCCUCCGGCUCUUUUCCGUAAUAUACAGCUAUAGGAGCAACUCUGUACUGUCACAUAUAUAUACCACACUCGGUAGGACUAGUGGUGUUUUCUCUCCGGAGAGCCUUGAACCUGGGUAUAUCUUGCGUCCCGCGCUCGCUCAUGCCGACCUCGCCUCUGGAGCCCACCAGUGCCCUCGAGCCUCCUCCUAUCUUCAGCCAUCCCAUGGCAUCUGCCGCGCGCCCACCACGACAGUUGGCACCCACCGUGGGGCAGCUCGAGGUCCUGGCCGGAAGCAUGUUCCAGACGGGGCUCCCCUCCAACUCCGACGAGCCUGUCAAGCUGCCCCGGAACCGCGGUCCAGGCGGGACAAUCUUCAUCAUCACCGUGGUGUCGCGCUGUCACUCCGGUAGCGCUCGGAGGUUCGACAUCAACACGCCUCCGGGGCAACCGCACGGGACGGCGCGUCCCCGUCGUCGGUCUUGUCAUUUUCUUCAUCAUCACCGCGGCGUCGCGCCGUCACUCCGGUAGCGCUCGGGGGCUCGACAUCAAGACGCCUCUGGGCGACCGCACGGGAUGACGCGUCCCCAUCAUCGGCCUCGCCAUUUUCGCCGUCAUCACCGCCACGAUGUCGUCGUCGUCGUCUCUUCGGCCGCGCUCGGGGGCUCUCCAUCAACACGCCCCCGAGGCGGCCGCGCGGGAACGCGCGUCCUCGUCGGCGACCUCGGCUCCGUCGGCCUCAGCUCUCUUCUCUGCGGACGUUCUGCAUCGUGCGCUUCACCAAUUCCAAGCGAGCAUCCGCAGCCUCGCGCCCUGCCGUCCAAGCGACUGCAGCGCUUCUCCGCCUCGCCAUCGGGCUCGCGGGACGCCCGUCCUCGCAGUCUCAGGCUCACCGGCGCAAGUUCCUCUCUUCUCGCUGCCCAUAUAAUACUCAGAUACACUGACCAUACACUGCACACUCGCUCUGCUCCACUGCACCUCCGUCCUGCUGCGACCACACCUUGCCGUAGCUGUGCCGCGGCGCCCCACGCGUCUGCGCGCGCCUGCGCGCCGGACGCUCCUCCACCACGAGCUCUUUGCUGCCCGGCUGCAUGGACACCGCCUCGCUGGCCAUACGCUCCUGUGCAGUAGCCAGAUUAUCCCUAUACUAACCAAAGCUAGCAAGCACGCACACGGCCCAGCAGCUCGAUUGAUUCUUCAGCUAGCUGGUACUACGCGCGUACUGUCUUGCUCGUAUGCAUGUGCGCCCGCGCCUGCGGCACAUCGCCCCUGCGUCUCCGCGGCCGGCUCGCGCCUCUGUCCUGCGCCGGCGUCCCGCGACUCGCUCGCCGGCUUGGCGCCCACCGGCUCGCGCGUGCAUCCCGGCCACUCCUGCGUCCCGACCUCGUCCGACCCCAUGCCAGUUGGCCGGGUCGCCGCCUUGCGCGCCGGGUCCCCGCACCCCGGCCGUCUCCGCCUCGUCCUCGGCUCCAGCAGCGCAGCGCCGGGUCCGGCCCCGUCCGCUAGCCGGCUUCCGCGCGUCCCGGCCAGCUUCUGUGCCCCUGGUCCGGGCUCCCGCUCGCGCGCCCCGGCAGGCCGGCUUCCGCCCGCGCCGCCCCGCCACUCGGCUCCGUCUCCCCCGGUUGGCUCCGCCCCCGCACCCGUCCUCGCGUGCCUCCGCGUACGACCACGAUCGUGUGCCGGCUCCGCCCUCCCUGCGCACCCGCCGGCUCCGCUCCGGCCGGCUCCGCCCUCGCUCCGCAACCCAGCGCGUUGUACGCCCGUGCCGGCAGCAACCCGCGCCCGCACCCUGCUCCGCCUCGACCCCGAGCCUUGUCUCUUCCGGCUCCCCCGCCAUCUGCGCUCCCGGUCCGCACCGGCUCUGGGUCGCCACCCCGAGCCCGGCCGCGUCCGACCUCGCGCCCAUCCGACCCGGCUGGCUGCGCUGGCCGGCCUCCUGUCGCGUCGCCCGCUCCUCUAUGCGCACCCGCACUGCCGGCUCCUCCUUGCGCGCCCUCGCCGGCUCCACCCGCAACCUGGCCUGCCGGCUUCGCCCUCCCCGGCUCCGCCGCAACCCAGCCUGCCGGCUUCGCCCGCGCCGGCUCCCACGCUGGCUGGCUCCCCCGCAACCCGGCCGCCGGCUUCCGCCGCGUCCUGCCCCUAUCGGCUCCUCGCACUCCGGCUUCGCGUGCCCGCGCUGCUCAGCCGCCACGGGCAGAUGUUGCGUGAGAAAAAAAAAGAUGCCUGCUGAAAGAAGAAAAAGAGAUUCCGGCUGAAAAAGAACGAAAAAAAUGACGGCUCAGUUCGCUCGCCCGCGUCAUCGUCCGCCUCGACGCCUGGCCGGUCGGGUCGGACCGGCAGGGGCACCCCUCGAGCCACCGGGAGGCUCGGGGCUAUACCCAGUGGGCGGGACGCGUCAGCAAUCAUCGACGACCUCUGCCACGACUACACGAAAAUCAUUGUGAGCUCCUCACCCGCAUACUUUCACGCCACGCGCAAACACGGAUAACCCCGAGCGACGCUUGGGGACCACUUCAGCCUUUAUUACAGUUGCAUCAUUGUUCGCCCGGCACCGGCUAGUCUCGGCCCGGAGGUUGGCCACUCGGCCCGAUACGUUCGUUCCCGUAGACGGCUUAGUAGCGCAUACGGCACCGAAGGUCCACUCUCAGCGACAUACCGCAGCGCGGCUGUCCGGCAGGCGAGAGCAAAAGUUGAAAGUCACCCCACGCGAAAAACGUCCGGGAGAAGACGGCUUGGGCAACCCGGCCGUUUCCUUUAUGAGUAUCUACUCGGUCGAAUCCGCUCCUGUAGUCCGAGUAUUGUACGCUCCACUCCGCAGCCACUCUUCAUAACAGCUACAGACCGGUGUCGGUGUCAAACCCGGCGGAUCUCGGGUACGGGGUCCCGAACUGUGCGUCUAAGGUCGAUGGUAACAGGAGACAGGGGACACGAUGUUUACCCAGGUUCGGGCCCUCUCUAUGGAGGUAAUCCGCUACUUCCUGCCUGAUUAAUCUUGAUGAAUAUGAGUAUUACAAGAGUUGAUCUACCACAAGAUCGUAAUGGCUAAACCCUAUAAGUCUAGCAUUUAUGUCUAUGGUAAUGAGUAUCUCCCUUUCCGGGCUAAGCCCUCUGAUUUAUAUAGACACCGGGGAGAUUUAGGGUUACACAAGGUCGGUUACAAAGGAAAAGAAUCUACGUAUCCGGUCGCCAAGCUUGCCUUCCACGCCAAGGAGAGUCCCAUCCGGACACGGGUGCAGUCUUCGGUCUUCAUAUCUUCACAGCCCAUCAGUCCGGCCCGUGGCUAACAGGCCGGACGCCCGAGGACCCCUUAGUCCAGGACUCCCUCAGUAGCCCCCAAACCAGGCUUCAAUGACGAGGUGUUCGGCGCGCAGAUUGUCUUCGGCAUUGCAAGGCGGGUUCCCCCUCCGACGGCUUCCAAGUAAUGUGUUCGGCUUUUAAUUCAAUGCCACACCCUUCGGCUUUUGUGCUUCUAUGUCUUCAACUUCCACAUGUCGGGCGAAUGCGGAUGGUCAGGGUCUUUUUUGCAAAUAGCACCCUAGCCAUGCAAGAAUGAGCGUCUAUUUAAAGAGAUUGGAUCUCAGAUCAAUUCGGCACCACGCGAAAAAAAUCCUCAGAGACUGCCAGGAGAGACCACUCCAACAUGGCCAACAUUCCCAGCUCCUCUUCCCGUUCCAACCUAGAGAGAGGCGAGUGGGAGAGGUGCUCUGUAUCCCACAGACAUUUGGAGAAGCUGCAAACGCAGGGAUUUCUCCCUCCUGCAGAUCUGGUCCCUGUUCGAGCAGGAUUGGCCUCCUUCAACGGCAAAACCCAGGCGGAGGAUUUCCCCAAUCCGUCUGCGGGAUAAUGAGUGUGCUUCGUCCCCUAUUUGCUGAGGGGCGUGGGAUUUCCCAUUCACCCAUUCCCCCGAGGGCUUCUGGAGUAUUAUGGCCUCCAGCUGCACAACUUUACCCCGGCCUCCAUUCUGCACAUCGCGGGUUAUGUUGCUUUAUGCGAACUGUUACUGGGUAUUGAGGCCCAUUUUGAACUGUGGAGAAAGUUGUUUCGCCUUGUCCCGCGCAACGACGAAGGAUCAAUAUUUGAAGUGGGGUGCCGAAAUAUGGCGCAUUGCCGAGACCGGAUACUUAUCCGGCACGCCGAAGAAGGCGUCGGAAGAGUGGACCUCUGAGUGGUUUUACAUUGAUGACGUCGUACUUCCAGAUCCGGUCCGGAGAGGCCUCCCCGAGUUUGCGAGUGUUCCUCUGAAGAAGCGCCACAGCUGGCGCCCCCGGAGUCCCGAGGAGGAAGAUAGUGCGGAAGUUCGCCAACUCCUGAGCAAGAUCAGGACGCUUGCCCAGUCCGGGUAUACAGUAGUCGAAGUGACGGCGACCUUCAUAGUACCGGGAGUUCAGCCACUCCAAUACAGAGGUCUCCCCAUGUGGAAUUACAAUGGGGAAGAUGACACCUCCCGCUGCAGCAGGAAAGGUCCGGAUACCCCUGCCGCCCUAGCUAAAAUAUUGGCCGAACUGUUCAAGGGUGAGGAAGAGGAGUUCCUGCGCAUCACACACAAAGAAGGAUAUUCCAUGUACAAUCCUCCUAGCUGGGUGAGCCCCCAACUUUUUUGCUCCACUCAUUCCCCUCCCUCAGCUUUAUUAACCCAUCCACUUAUAACAGCACUAGCGAAAGACUUCCGAGGGGCUCUACAGCCCCGCCCCGCAGCCCGAGGGCCACAAUCGGGACCUUGACCCUGGCUUCGAAGAGGAUCCGGAUAUAUUUGUGGUGCUGGAGAAUGGCGUGUUUUACCAGGCGAGCUACGACGGCACCGAAGUGGCCAUCAUCGCCGAUUACCCUGGUCUUCUGCCCGCUCCACACGUAAGUAGUCAGGAGGCAUCUUCCCCGAAAGGAUUCCUCCGUUCCGCCUCACCCACCGCACUGUCUCGUGCUUCAAAGGGGAGGCGUUCAACAUACCGUGCUACUCCAGGAGCGACUCCGAAGAGAGCGGCUCCCGCACCGGGCAAGCCUUCAAAGAGGAAGGAAGGCGAAGACACGGUCGGGCCCUCGUCAAAGAGGUAUGGGUUUGCAAAUAUGUGUUUUAAUAGUCGCAUCCAACUGUGACUUUCAUGUUCAUUCCGUAUCAAGAAAAGAGUCCGCUGGACUGUGUCCGGGGGUCUGGGCAGUAAUACUCCCAACAACCAGGAUCCAGCCCCAGUCGAGGGGACGGGGGCCGAUAUGGGGGUGACGCCGGACUGUCUUUCGGCCGAGGGCUCGGAAAAUAUGUCCGUCACCAACUCGGAAGUGGAGAGCGCCAUGAAUCAUCGGCGCUUGGGGGCCAUUUUACGAGACCCCCGCUGUUCGAAAGAGGCGUUUGAUGCCUUCAGCUCGGCUGACGCAUAUAUCCGAGCUGCUCGAGAUGGGCUUGGCAAAGCCACAAAGUAGCAUUUGACGGAUGUGCAGGUUCUGACGGAGAGGAACAACCUGCUAGCUCAAGAGCUGGAGCAGUGUCGGACACAGCUGAAUGCUUCUACCGCCGAACUGAAAGAGUCCAAGAUGGCAUCUUCUGGACCAUCAGGUCAACUGGAAGAGAAGUUGAAAACCGCUCAAGCGGGAGAGAAAGAGGCAAAAAGACUACACGUCGCAGGCGAACGGGUGUUGAUCCGAGUCAUGCAGGAGAAAAACAAAAUCCAAGAUUCAAAUACCAAACUGGGCGAAGAACAGAAAGAUGUGCGAGCCCAGCUAGCCGACGCCGUGAAGGAGAACAAAAAGUUGUGAUGCGGCAUAUUCAGUAUGUUGACGGGCCGCCCCGAAGAGGAGGUGUCCGGAUCAUCAAGUGAUCUCCUGCAAGGGCUGUCGCAAUUGCACGAGCAAGCUCGGCAGGCAAUGCGGAGUGUAGCCAAGGCCUUAUGGCCAUCCGACUCCCCUCCAGGGAGUAUGGAGAAGCUUGUAGAGCUAUUCAAGGGAGCGCGGCGGCAUAUCCGACUAUGGAAGAUAUCGGCUUGCCGAGAGGGUGCACGAGAAGCCUGGGCCAUGGUAAAAACACGAUAUACCAAGCUGGAUCCGAAUCACAAGGCCCGGGUCAGACCACUAGGGUCAAAUGGGGAAGAAAUUCCCGUUAGUUUAGUAUAUAACCAAGUAGAAGUAGCCGCCAAGUAUUCCCAGCAGGAUUGUAAGUUAGAUAGCCUGCUGGACAGCAUAGAGGAGGAAAUUUUUUGAGUCCAAGUGACUAUGUACUUUCCUUUGCAUAUGUAGCUCUAGCUGAAAACGAUUGUCAUGGCGGACUUUUUCGCUUCAACCUCUCGACC